AUGGGUCCGCCUACCGGCCGAAAAGAGAUAUUGCAGAGGCUACGGGCCUCGAUAGCGAAUGGAAACAUCAUCGUGGGCGCAGGAGCCGGCAUCGGCCUGUCGGCGAAAUUCGUCGAGCAAGGCGGCGGCGACCUCAUCAUCGUGUAUAACAGUGGCAGAUUCCGCAUGGCAGGAAGAGGGUCCCUAGCCGGCUUGAUGCCGUACGGGAACGCAAACGACGUGGUGCUUGAGAUGGCCAGCGAAGUCCUCCCAAUAGUGAAGAAAACGCCAGUCCUCGCCGGCGUGUGCGCAACCGACCCGUUCCGCUCCAUGGACCGCUUCCUCAAGCAACUGAAAGACCUCGGUUUCGCCGGCGUGCAGAACUUUCCCACAGUCGGCCUGAUAGACGGCCAGUUCCGGCAGAACCUCGAAGAGACGGGCAUGGGCUACGAUGCCGAGGUCGAGGUGAUUCGCAUGGCGCGCGAAAUGGACCUGCUUACCACGCCUUACGCCUUCAACGUCGAGGAAGCAAAAAAGAUGACGGGAGCUGGUGCGGAUAUCAUCGUGGCGCAUAUGGGUCUGACCACGUCCGGGUCGAUAGGAGCGACAAGCGGGAAGAGCUUGGAUGAUUGUGUGAAGUUGAUUCAGGAGAUUCGGGAUGAGGCGGCGAAGAUCAAUCCAGACAUCAUCGUAUUGUGUCAUGGAGGACCGAUUGCGGCACCCGAGGAUGCCGAAUAUGUGAUAUCGCGAACGAAGGGUAUUCAUGGCUUCUACGGUGCGAGUUCUAUGGAGCGACUACCGGUGGAGGAGGCGAUUACGAAUAUCACGAAGAAGUUUAAGAGUUUGAAGCCUGGAUCGUGA